AUGUCUUGGUUAUUCGGUGUUCAGAAAAACGCGACCCCGCAAAUUCCGGACGAUUUCCAAGCCGGUGGACCUCCCGGAGGCCCUCAACAGUCUGGAGGUCAGCCUCAAAAGCCGGAAGGAAGCAGCAGAAUGGCUUACUCUUUCGAUUCGACGGCUCUCGAGCGCGCUGCGAAGGCCGCUAAAGAUUUGGAGAAGUUUCCAAAUGCUAAAGAAGCCCUGGAGCUCUCCAGAGUGCAAGAGGUCACUCGCCAGAAAGAAGUCGAACAAGAGACGAAAAAACUGGAAGCCCAUUUGGCAAAUCUUAAGUCUGAGCACAUCCGUGUCGCCGAAGAAGAGAGACGGAAGACUUUAGGAGAGGAAACAAGACACGCCAAUGCGGUAGGUGGUUUUUAUUGAAACUAAGCAUGUUAAUUUAAAGUUUUCAGCGUGCUGAUUAUCAAGACCAACUGGCCCGGAAGAGACAGGAGGAGGAGUUGGCGAUGAAGGCGAGAAUGCAAGAGGAGAGUCUCAGGAAGCAAGAGGAGUCCGUCAAAAAACAGGAGGCACUCAGAAAACAGACGAUUGAACACGAGUUUGCACUGAAGCACAAGUAUGACCUCGAGAAAAUCGAAGCAGAAACAAAGGCCAAAGCGAGGGCUGCUCGUGAGAACAGAGAUGUCAAUCUGGAACAAAUGAAGUUGCACGAAGAAGAGAACAGGAAGACUGUCGUCGAGAAGAUCAAGACGAGCGGAGAACUCAUAGGCACCGGAAUCAAUCAGUUCCUUAACGAUAAGACGAAGAUCGCAGCCGCCGUCGGAGGAUUGACUGCUUUGGCCGUCGGAUGGUACACUGCCAAACGAGGAACCGGAGUCGCCGCCCGUUACAUCGAGUCGAGGCUGGGAAAACCAAGUCUCGUCAGAGAAACGUCUCGAGUCACUCCUCUCGAAGUGGCCAAGCAUCCGAUCAAGGCGGUCCAGAUGCUCACUCGCCAGAAGAAGGAUCCACUGGAGGGAGUCGUUCUUUCUCCUGCCCUUGAGCGCCGUCUCCGUGACAUUGCCAUUACGACGUCCAACACGAAAAGAAACAAUGGACUUUUCCGCAACGUCAUGUUCUACGGGCCGCCCGGAACCGGAAAAACUCUUUUCGCCAAGAGUCUUGCUCAACACAGCGGUCUUGACUACGCCGUGCUCACCGGAGGAGACAUUGCUCCAUUGGGACGCGACGGAGUGUCGGCCAUUCACAAGGUGUUUGACUGGGCUUCCAAGAGUCGCAAGGGACUCAUUGUGUUCAUCGACGAAGCCGACGCCUUCCUUCAGAAACGUUCCAAAGACGGCAUGUCCGAGGACACCCGUGCCGCCCUCAACGCCUUCCUCUUCAGAACUGGAGAGCAAUCCCGGAAGUUCAUGCUCGUGGUGGCCUCGAAUCAGCCGGAGCAGUUCGAUUGGGCUGUCAACGAUCGGUAAAACACUUUAUAGUGAACAUUUUAAAAAUAUAUUGUUUUAGUCUCGAUCAGCUCGUCGAAUUCACUUUGCCAGGAGUGGAAGAGCGUGAACGCAUUCUUCUUCAGUACUUCAACGAACACAUCGUAGUGCCCGCAACCAGUGGCUCCCGUUCUCAGCGCCUCAAGCUCGACAGCUUUGAUUUUGUGGCAAAAUGUAACGAGAUCGCGAAGAAGACGAGCGGAAUGAGCGGAAGAGAACUGAGCAAGUUAGUGAUUGGAUGGCAGGCCUCUGCAUACGCUUCGGAGACUGGAGUGCUCACGGAAGCCAUCGUGGACCGUAACACCGCCGACGCGAUGGUUCAGCACGAGCACAAGAUGGAGUGGCUCGAAAAGGAGCAACGGAAGGCUCGCAACCAAGAGGUCAAGUUCGGAACGACGCUGAGAAGAGAGUCGGCCGUCUGA